AUGCUCAGUAGAACCAAGUUAGCAGACUUACAAACCAAACUAAACCAGUCUCCCAAUCAUCCAGUCAUCAUCAUUGGAGGAGGACAUGCCGGAUGUGAAGCAGCCACAGGGUCAGCCAGAUCAGGCUCCCCGACAACUUUAAUCACUCCCCACAUUGACAAAAUCGGUACCGCAUCUUGUAAUCCAUCCAUGGGAGGAGUUGGAAAAGGUACGUUGUUAAGAGAAGUUGAUGCAUUAGAUGGAGUAAGUGCACGAAUUACCGAUAAGGCUGGUAUUCAUUUCCGGAUUUUGAAUGCAUCCAGAGGUCCAGCUGUACAUGGUCCAAGAGCUCAGAUUGAUAGGAAGAUCUAUCUUAAUGAAAUGCAACGAGAAAUAUUAAACUAUCCGAAUUUAUCCGUCGUUGAGGCACAAGUUGAAGAUAUUAUUAUUGAACCUAAAAUAGGUGAACAAGAUCUCGACACAGAUGGAAGAAAUUACGGAACUGUAAGAGGGGUGAUAUUAGGUGAUGGAAGAAUAUUUAAAUGUGAUAAGAUCGUAGUAACAACGGGUACCUUUCUCGGAGCCGAGAUUCAUAUUGGUUUAAGUGCCUAUCCUGCCGGACGUCUCGGUGAAGCUGCUACAUUUGGCUUAUCGAAAACUUUCAAAGAAGCAGGAUUCAGAUUAGGUAGAUUGAAAACCGGUACUCCUGCACGUCUUUCUGGUAAAACCAUAGAUUACACCCACCUAACCCCUCAACCAUCCGAUUAUCCCCCACAACCAAUGUCAUAUAUGAAUGAUAAAGUAGCCCUCGAGGAUCAAUUAGUAUCAUGUCAUCAAACCCGAACAACUCCAGAAUUUCAUAAACUCGUAGCAGAAAAUUUGGAUAAAUCAAUUCAUAUCCGAGAAACAGUAAAAGGUCCUAGAUAUUGUCCUUCUAUAGAAUCCAAAGUUAUAAAGUUCCCACAAAAGACAUCACAUGUAGUCUGGCUAGAACCAGAAGGAUUAGACACCGAUCUAGUAUAUCCUAAUGGUAUUUCAUGUACUAUGCCUGCAGAAAUUCAAGAACAAUUAGUCAAAAUGAUGCCAGGUUGUGAGAAUGUCAAAAUGGUACAGCCAGGAUAUGGGGUUGAAUACGACUAUAUAGACCCACGAGAAUUGCGAAUAACUUUGGAAACCAAGCUCGUUGAUGGACUUUAUCUUGCCGGUCAAAUCAAUGGUACUACAGGAUAUGAAGAAGCGGCAGCACAGGGUUGUAUUGCAGGUAUAAAUGCCGGUCUUACCAAUGUCGGUAAGCAACCUAUUGAAUUAAGAAGAUCAGAUGGAUAUCUUGGGGUAUUGAUUGAUGAUUUGAUAACUAAAGGUGUUGAAGAACCAUAUAGGAUGUUUACAUCACGUUCGGAGUUCCGAAUCUCGAUUAGAUCAGAUAAUGCUGAUAGUAGACUUACCGAAUUGGGAUAUAAUGCUGGAGUGGUUGGAGAAGCGAGAUGGAAACACUAUUCCGACGAGAUGAAACAAUUUGAACAAAUUAAAGAACAUUUAAUGAAUUUGAGAUUAUCCGGUGCAGCUUGGGCCCCGGCACUUAAAGGACAUGUAUCGGAUAUUGCUACUAACGAGUAUACGGAUGGUUGGAAAUUGCUAUCGUAUAAAGAUAUGCAUUUGAGAGAUAUUGUGUCUAAUAUGGCAAAAUUUACUCCUGAUGGUAACGUGCCUUCAUUGUAUGAGAACAUUUCUCGUAGAUUGGAAAAUAAAAUCGAUAUCGAGAGUGAUUAUAGUCCAUGGAUGAAAAAAGAAGAAAUACAUUUGAGAGCAUAUGCUGCAGAUGAGAAUUUAUUAUUGCCUGUGAACUAUACAUAUUCAUAUGAUGGGACCUUAAAGAUCUCGCAUGAAGCCUGUACCAUUUUGAAUACUGUCCAGCCAAGAACAAUUGGUCAAGCUAGGAGAAUUCAAGGAAUAAAUCCGUCUACAAUUUUUGAGUUGUUUAAGUUAGUCAGAGGAAGACAAAAAGAGUUCGCCGAACAGAGAGCUACUAUGGGAUAA